AUGGGGAUGCACAACUUUAACCCCAGACGAGGCGGCGGACCUGGGGGACCCAUGCGCGGAGGCUACAUGGGGAACCAACAGUUUAGGGCCCAUCCAUUUCAGAAUCAAAACCAAAAUCGACGAAACAACAACAACAACAACAAUUUCAACAAGCCUGUGAACCAGAGCCAGCACAAGCCCCAGGGACCUCCUACCCCCGGCCCCGCGCUCACCAUGAAGGUCCCUGUUAAGGAUGAAAAACUCGAGCAGAAGGUGACGCCAGCUCUGCCCUCGACCCCGAAGAUCCCACCACCCCCUCCGAAGCCCAGCGGCACCACACCCCUGCCCACCAAGACACCCGAGCAGAGCAAUCUGAACGGACAGCAGCCCAAACAAGCCCCCCCACAGAGCCCUAAACCAGGACUUCCUCAACAGGCCCCCAAACCAUCUCCUCAGCAGCAGCAGGCCCCCAAACCAUCUCCUCAGCAGCAGCAGGCCCCCAAACCAUCUCCUCAGCAGCAGCAGGCCCCCAAACCAUCUCCUCAGCAGCAGCAGGCCCCCAAACCUGGCCCUCAGCAGCUGCAGCAGCAGACCCCCAAACCAUCUCCUCAGCAGCAGCAGGCCCCCAAACCUGGCCCUCAGCAGCUGCAGCAGACCCCCAAACCUGGCCCUCAGCAGCUGCAGCAGACCCCCAAACCUGGCCCUCAGCAGCUGCAGCAGACCCCCAAACCUGGCCCUCAGCAGCUGCAGCAGACCCCCAAACCUGGCCCUCAGCAGCAGACCCCCAAACCAUCUCCCCAGCAGCAGCAGGCCCCCAAACCUACCCCUCAACAGCAACAGCCCCCGAGACCCACUCAUCAUCAGCCUCCUCCUAGACCGUCUCCCCAGCAGCAGGGCCAGAGACCUGGUCCUCCACAGCAGCAGGGCCCCAGACCGUCUCCCCAGCAGCAAGGCCAGAGACCCGGGUCACAACAGCAGGCUCCGCAGCAGGCUCCGCAGCAGGCUCCGCAGCAGACCCCACGACCCUCUCCUCAGCAACCCCCGAAGCCCCCCCAGCAGCAGCUGCAGCAGGGCCCCCAGCAGCAGCUGCAGCAGGGCCCUAGGCCGGGGAUGGCAGGGCCGAGGCCUCAGUCAAACCAGAUGGGCCCCAGACCAGGGCCGUACAUGCAGGGCCAGAGACCGGGCCAGAGGGGCGGCCAUCAGCACAACCAGAGAUCUGGGUUUCAACAAAGACCUCCUGCUCCAAAAGCCAGAGAGACUGAAGAACCAGGACCAGCGGAGACCGAGCAGGCCUCCGACACAGAAAGGCCCAAGAUGGAGUUCAAACUGUCCAUGCUCCUGAAACCUGGGGAGAAGUCAUAUACUCAGAGGUGCCGUUUGUUUGUUGGAAAUUUACCCAAUGACAUUACAGAGGAGGCUUUUAAUGGCAUGUUCGCCAAAUAUGGAGAGCCCAGUGAAGUCUUCAUCAACAAAGCCAAAGGAUUCGGUUUUAUCCGCCUGGAGUCUAGAGCUCUUGCAGAAAUUGCUAAGGCAGAGCUAGAUGACAUACCCAUGAGAGGAAGGCCUCUACGUGUCAGGUUUGCCACGCACUCUGCCGCUCUGUCUGUGAAAAACCUGUCACCUUUUGUCUCCAACGAGCUCUUGGAGGAAGCAUUUUCCCUGUUUGGACUGGUCGAGCGCGCCGUUGUUAUUGUUGAUGACCGUGGCCGCUCUACUGGGAAGGGGAUUGUUGAAUUCACCUCAAAGCCGGCUGCCAGAAAAGCCCUUGACAGAUGUGCCGAGGGAGUCUUCCUGUUGACCUCAUCUCCACGCCCGGUUAUUGUUGAGCCAAUGGAGCAGGUCGACGAUGAAGAUGGACUUCCUGAGAAGUUGGCGAUGAAGAAUCCAAGAUACCAAGUGGAAAGGGAACAGCCACCGCGUUUUGCCCACCCUGGCUCCUUUGAGUUUGAAUAUUCCAAGCGUUGGAAGUCUCUGGAUGAGAUGGAGAAGCAGCAGAGGCAGCAAGUUGAGAAGAACAUGCAAGAAGCUCGUGAGAAACUGGAGAGCGAGAUGGAGGACGCCUACCAUGAGCAUCAGGCCAAUCUCCUCAGACAAGAUUUACUGAGGAGACAGGAAGAGCUGAGACGCAUGGAGGAGAUGCAUAGUCAGGAAAUGCAGAAGCGAAAAGAGAUGCAGCUCAGACAAGAGGAGGAGCGUCGCAGGCGCGAGGAGGAGAUGAUCCGUAAGAGGGAGGUGGAGGAGCAGCUGCGUCGUCAGCGCGAUGACGGCUUCAGGAUGGGAAACUUCAUGGAUAGGGAGAGAGAAAUGCGAUUGAGUUCCGGUGGUGCCAUGGGAGACAUGUCCUAUGGCACUCCGAGCCAGAAGUUUGGCAUGGGAGGAAUGGGCUUUGAGGGACAGCAGGGAAUGGGCUCCUCCCCUGGUCUGAUGAACAACGACAUGCGUAGUGAGCGCUUCCCUCAGGGCGGGCAGCGGGGGAUGGGGCAAGGGAACUCUAACUUCGGCAGGGUCCGCGAAGAGUUCGAUGGUCCCGCUAAGAAACCCCGAUUUUAA